CCCUGGUGGAGCACUAGUAUCGACAAUUCCACUUGGGAACUAUGGGCAAGAGUAUAUCAGCAUUGGAAAUGACAAUCAGACAAUGGCUUCAACAACUGUCACAGGGGAAGGUCUAGAAAUACAGAUCAUCAAUUUCCAGACAGGUGAACAGCUUCGUAAGUUCGCAGUCACGUCUCCCAAUGCCAUGUAUCGUGUCACAAAGAAUAUCAUGAGUGACAAAGACAUCAACCUACUCCUUCUCGCUGGUGGUAAUGAAAUAUAUAUCCUCAACACGCAAACUGGUGCGAUAGUGAAAACAUUUUCCGUGGACGAGGACGAAUGGUUCUCGCAUCACCAGAAACCGCCUGUCUCGUAUGCAGAUGACGAAAAUCUGCUCGUUGCUCUUGCAAGAGAAUCACUACGUGUMUGGCAGACGUCUGACUGCAAGGUCAUCAAGGACAUCCCUGUAAAAGGCAUAAAUGUUGAUGAAGAAUUUGGCCUUCUUGUAGCAAGRAAAACGUACGUGGUUUACGUUUUGAAUGGAGAUAAUACCCUUCACUUCGUUGACAUCAAGCAAGGAAGAGAAGUAGAUAAAGURAAGGUCAACUACAAAAAGUCCGAAUAUGGAACAAAUCUCAUUCAAGACAUGAAAGUCUCAUCCAAAGAUCAAGUWAUYAUCGUCCCUGCAUCACAAGAAGACCAUCYUCGCAUCUACGAUCUUGUGACAGCAAACCUUGUGCGUGAAAUAACCACAUUCAAAAGGACUCAGGGAAUGGGAGCCAUACAAGUCACUGACGACGGAAAGAAAGUCUUGAGCAUCGACAUGUUUGAAAUUUGCGUCACAGACAUGGAGACGGGCAAGUCAGAAAAUUGUCUUCGCAGCGCCGUUUUCCGAACAAAGAUUAUCACUCGCAAUGGUGACAUAAUCCUAGCCAUUGGCCAAGAUUUCAUACUAAGAGUGUUUGACAGGACACGUGAAGGAGAUGACGAAAACAAAGAGGAUACGACUGUUUCAGAACAUCAAGGSUACAAGGUAGCAGACCAAGUAACGAUGGUACAGCCCGGAUGCGAUAACAGACAUGCAAUUGCCGUUAUUUACAAGCAGAUGAAGAAUUGUCUAUCUGCUUGGGAUAUCUGUACCGAACAGAAAGUUCGACAGACUUCAGGCAUGCAAGUCUAUCCAUCAGUCAUUCGACUCACCCAAGAUUGCACUCGUUUUGUUGGACUUAUCCAUGAUGAGAAACUUCCACAUUAUAAGGUCGUUAACCUAAAAGAAGGAAAGAUUGAAAAGACUCUAGAGGGCGGUGCUUGUAAAAGAAUGCAAGCAUUUGGAAUGAUUGACAACCAACAUAUGAUAUCACUUACAAGCUACGAUCUUGUGACAGCAAACCUUGUGCGUGAAAUAACCACAUUCAAAAGGACUCAGGGAAUGGGAGCCAUACAAGUCACUGACGACGGAAAGAAAGUCUUGAGCAUCGACAUGUUUGAAAUUUGCGUCACAGACAUGGAGACGGGCAAGUCAGAAAAUUGUCUUCGCAGCGCCGUUUUCCGAACAAAGAUUAUCACUCGCAAUGGUGACAUAAUCCUAGCCAUUGGCCAAGAUUUCAUACUAAGAGUGUUUGACAGGACACGUGAAGGAGAUGACGAAAACAAAGAGGAUACGACUGUUUCAGAACAUCAAGGSUACAAGGUAGCAGACCAAGUAACGAUGGUACAGCCCGGAUGCGAUAACAGACAUGCAAUUGCCGUUAUUUACAAGCAGAUGAAGAAUUGUCUAUCUGCUUGGGAUAUCUGUACCGAACAGAAAGUUCGACAGACUUCAGGCAUGCAAGUCUAUCCAUCAGUCAUUCGACUCACCCAAGAUUGCACUCGUUUUGUUGGACUUAUCCAUGAUGAGAAACUUCCACAUUAUAAGGUCGUUAACCUAAAAGAAGGAAAGAUUGAAAAGACUCUAGAGGGCGGUGCUUGUAAAAGAAUGCAAGCAUUUGGAAUGAUUGACAACCAACAUAUGAUAUCACUUACAAGGAAACGUAACAACCUGAAGAUCUGGGACAUCAAUACAGGGAAGGUAGUGGAUCUUGUAAAGUUAGGAAACAAAGACAAGUUUGAGGAGCUACUAGUCAGCCCAAAUGGUAAAGUUGUUGUUGCCUCGGUAACAGGCAAUAGCAGCGAUCAUAAAGAGGGAACAACAAAGCCAAUGUAUGUUUACGAUACAGUUACCAAGCAACAUAAAGUUCUCACCCUGGAAGGACAAGCACUCUCUCUUUACAAUGGCAAGAUAUCUAACGAUGGAAAGUAUUUGGUGACUCUUGUAGGAUGGAAUAGCCCAUACCUUUGGGAUCUCAAUUCUGGAAAGAUGAUACUCAAGCUACUGAAUUCCGAAAGUGACAGUUAUGAAACAGCCAGCAACGCAGCCAUCAAUCUAGAGGCCAACAUUGCAGUCACAUGUCUUGGGUCAGGAGGUAUUGAUGUGUGGGACAUUUCCAAAGGCACUGUUCUGCGMCGAAUUACUAGUGGCCAGUUAACAGAUAUCUUCCUAACAUCAAAUGGAGACAUAGUCAUUGCCAGAGAGCAAACAACCAACACAUUCCACUGCUGGAAUGUCCACAAUGGCCACAAGAUCACWUCCCUCACUACUGAUGGCUAUGCUAAUAUUGCCCAUGUUAUUGAUGAUCGUUUAGUGAUGGCUGUUGGKGAAAACCCCAACCUGAUGAUAAUGAAAUUACACAUGCCUGGCCAGGUUGCUUCUGAAAAGAAAUUGCCUCCCUCUGUAUUUCAUGGGCUUCCUGUAGAAAUCCAAACCAUGGUUGACAAUUCUGGGCCUGCCACAGAGAAAGAUUCAUUGGAUAAAGAUAAAGUGGAAAGUGGAAACUUCCUGUGAAACCGUUAUAAAAUGUAGCAAAGUAAUUUACACUCCAAAACUGACAUAUUUUGUACAAUCAUAAUAAUAACAAUAAUAGUAUAGUAAUAAUAACAGGGGCGGAUCCAGRSGAGGUGMUUUGGGUGYGGACGCACCCCCUCUUUUUGGAUGACGUAAUUUUUUUGUAUAUCAGUAUAAACGUUUUUUUUCCUACUGUUUACACUCCUGUACUCCUGUUGUACUUUUAUCCAGAAGAAGAGUAGCAUACACAACAUGUGUCUGCCACUAUCAAGACCAUUUCAUCUGUUAUACUUAGUUUUUAGCUCAUUAUGUUACUGACAAAAGCAUCCCCCAUUAUAAGUUGCUAGAACCGCCCCUGAAUAAUUCUGAUUAUAAUACACACUCCUGCCUAUCACACCCUUGGAAGGUUUGCACAUCAUUUGUGGGGAUUUUGUAACAACAUCAUUUUACCAGCCAUCUUUGCCUCUUGGGUUGGAUAAAUGUGACUUGAAUAACUUUACCAACAACAUUCCCCAGGUAUUGUUGUGCUUUCAAUUAACCUUACUCAUAGUUAAUACAUAAUAGCAGGGUGAGAAUAGUUCUAAAUAAUCGUGUCGGACAUGUCUAUUUACGGCAAAGAGAGUCAUAAAUGCACCUUUAUGGUUUUUUACAGUUUUUA